GGAAAGUCGACGCGAGGCUAGCCGACUUGAUUACAAAUUCAUUGUACAACGUCAGAUUGCUAUAGCGCUGCAGGGAGGAUUUGAUCACAUUUAACGACCGCAGCGCAGAUACCUUCUACCUCCCUACUAACUGAUUUACCGUUUCCUUCACUGUGCAUCAAACACCAUCACAUCACAGAACAUCUUCCCAUCAUCUUCUCAGAGUUACAGUCACCGUACAGCACAAUGACGAUGGCUACAUACAAGCAGAUCGAGUCCCUCAUGGGAACUGGUCCUCCAGCGGGAGCAAAGCAAAUGCAAGUCAUGCGUUGGGCCUCCAAGAAUCCCCCCAAGGACCCCAAUGCUUCCUUCUCUGGCAAGAAUGUCCUCAUCACCGGCUCCAAUACAGGCAUCGGAUUACAAGCCGCCAUUAAAUUUGCUGCACUGGAUGCUGCAAAGGUCAUUCUGGCUGUUCGCUCCCCAGCCAAGGGAGAGGAAGCUAAACAGAAGAUCAUCGCAGCUACCAAGCGUGAGUCUGCGGCCGUCAUCGUCAUGCAGCUCGAUAUGAGUUCUUUCGAAUCAGUCAAAACAUUCGCAGUACAGAUCCAAGCCCAGGUCGACCGCCUUGACGUGGCCGUUUUGAAUGCAGGCAUUGCCCCUCCCAAGUAUGCUACAGAAAAGACGGGUUGGGAAUCUGCUCUACAAGUCAAUGUCCUCUCCACCGCUCUUCUCGCCAUUCUCCUCGUGCCCAUGUUGAAGGACACCGCUGCCAAAGCCGGCCGUCCAUCGCAACUCACUAUCACAGGCAGCUUCGCGUGCCAAUAUGUCCAGCCGGACGAACUUAAGCUUUCUCCCGGUGAGAAGUUACUGGAGAAGAUGACCUCUCCUGAGCACUUCAAUGUUGAGAAGUCCUACGGCCAAAUCAAGCUGUUGACUCAAUAUGUUAUGAAAGGUCUUGUUGAUGAUUACUCCUACGAUGUGAAUGGCCAAGUUGACGUUGCUAUUGAUGUUGCCUGCCCCGGAUAUUGCAGUACGGAUCUGGGUCGUGAUUUUCCUUGGUAUAUCGCUUUGCCAACGAAGCUUAUGCACCUGUACUGUGCUCGGACAGCUGAGGAAGGAAGCCGCUCUUUGGUUAGUGGUACUCUGCUUGGUAACGCUGGACAUGGCAAGUUCUGGACAAAUGAUGUCUUCACAGAGUAAGUCGGCAUCCUUUCGGGUGAAGCGGAUAUUUUACUUACAUAACCGAAGUCCAGGAAUCAUGGUAACCAGCGACGAGGGAAAGAAGCUCCAGCGUCAGGCUUGGAAGGAAAUUUCGGAUAUAUGCAAGCAGAAAAUGGGAUGAUACUCUCUAUAGAUGUGGAAAAUGCACGCAGGGUUACAUCAUUUCUAGUCAUCGCUUCAUAGCAUGUUAGUUUAUCGCUAUCACAUGAAUCUGAAGCUUCUUCUAUAACCAAUGAUCAUUGCACGCGAAAUACGCAUAUGAUUAUUUAUUGCCUCUUUAACAUUGCCUGGAGUUCGGCCAUAGCCAAUGGAAAUAUCGGAAUGCCGACAAGCCUUUAUUUUCUCAUUUAGCCAGCCGAAAUCUCUUUUUUCCAAACAAUCGUGGUGUGUUCAAAAAAUAAAAAUGUUCAAUUUAUAGUUUCCACUCUCCUGAUAGAGACUAGAAAUGUUAUGGAGAAAUAC